AAUGUGACAACAACAACAUACUAUUCAAGUAGAGUUGGCAAAUGGAUUGAUGGACCCAUAGAUCAUACGAUUUUUAUCAAAUGGAUUGGUGGGUUGUUCCAUGUAUCCAAAUGACAUUCAAACUUAAAAUUUGGAAAGGUUGGGUACUAAUAUGUCACAAUAAAAAAAUUUAGGUACCAAAACCAAAUUUUCCAAUGAAAUUUUUUGCCUACAAAUAAUUUUAGGUACCAAAACUAAAACAUAAAAACUAUAGGAACUAAAUUGUAAUUGAUCAUCUGGAUCUAUGAAUCAAUUCAUGAAUGCACCAAUCAAAUUAGAUUUGAAUAAAAUAAAUUGAACUUAAACGUAUUGAAUAGAGAUGACAAAAAUAUCCGCAAUCGUGGAUAUCCGCCCGAAUCCGACGUAAUUAGGUAGAGUAAAACCCGAACCCUAAAGAAUUUUAGUGUAUCGGGUAAAACCCCAAUCCGAAUAUUGUGGGUAAUGGGUGGACACAGUUUUCACGCUAUCCAACCCGAACUCGCCCGAUUGUACACAUUCAUAUGUAUUUAUCUAGAAAUGAUCAUUAUUUUUCUGAACAUAUUUUAUAUUUAGCUUACAAAUAUAAUAUUUUUAUAAAUUUGUUUGGUUUUCAAUCAAUUUUCUUCAUUUUAGUGAUUUAUUGUCGUACUUUUUCACUUAUAUAAUGUGAUUAUACGUGUGAAUGUUAAGAUGUUGGUAGGAGUUAUAAUGAGAAGUUAUUACCAAUGAAUAACAGUGGAUACUCGAAAUCCGACCAGAUAUGUGCAUGAUUUUGAUUUUCUACCUAAUUGUUAACGAAUAUGCACUAUUCGCUCAUAGCCCGACCCAUUGUCAUCCCUAAUAUUAAAUUAAUUAAAUAUUUAAAUAAAUGGAUUCAAUCGCGUAUCCGAAAUUCUCAUCUCAAUAUUUAAGCCAUAGAUUAGAGCGACGCCAAUACCAAAUUUCUCUCUCUUACCAUUUUAACGCAAACGAAAGGGGAAAAGAGAAACCACUGUGGGCACUGGGCAGUUAAAAAAAUAAAACUCUCCUCCUUCAUCGUUUCUCACCUCCUCUUCGCACUCUGGUUUUCUCUGUUCUUCCUGCAUGCCCUUUCAUCUCUACGAAAGAGGUAAUCCAAUCUCAAGUCUCUCCAUUUCUCCGACUUCGGAGUAACUUCUGUUUUCGGGCUCAUUCACCAGUCUUUUUGCGCGCGGGAAGAUCUCGCAGAAAUUUAAUUCAUUUCCUUCAUUUUCAGUGUAAAAAAAAAAAAAAAUCCUUUCUUGGGGGUUCUCUGGAGGGAUUGAAUGAAAAAUUCUUUUGUCUUGUCGCAGGAAGGGUGGGUAGGGAAAAAGGAAGAAUUGCUUGUUGCUCACCAAUAGUUUGUGAAAAAGCCCAGGUGGGUUCUCCCUGUCGCUAAUCUCGGUUUUUUUCCCCUUCUUUUUUCGAUCUGCGAAUUUGGGGUUGUUUAGUUGGCGGUUCCUUAAUUGUUUCUGUUUUGUAUUAGCAAUGGAAGGAGGGUCAGGGGCCUUCAAUUCUACUCCCUCUUCAGGUUCCUUUGACAAAUCAAGGGUUUUUGAUGUGAAACCCCUUCGUACUUUGACCCCCGUGUUUCCGUCCAAUCCUCAAGGUCCUCCAUUUGUAUGUUCACCUCCCUUUGGUCCUUACCCGCCCGGGUUUGCUCCAUUUUACCCCUUUUCUCCACAACAAGGAGGCGGUCCUGACCCCAGCCCGCCACCCCAACCUCCAGCAGUGCCACUUCGCUCAUUCCGAGCUCCAGAACCAAGUUCCCAUGAGAAUGGAACAGGUGGUGGCUCUUACUCUGAGCCUCCUAAGCGCGCGGGCCGUCGACCUGCUGUCCGGACUAUCCCUAUUGCCAAAAGGGCAAAGAGGGGACCAGAUGACUUUUUGCUGCCUGCUCCUAAUGACAGUGUUGUUUUGGGGAUCACUCAGGCUCAAAAGGAAGAUGGUGAUAGGGGUACCGUUCUUAGUAUUCUGAUGAGGUUUGAUGCUCUAAGGAGAAAAGUUGGCCAACUAGAGGAUGCGAAGGACUCACAGCAUAAUGGAAACGCCAAGCGUGCUGAUUUAAAAGCUAGUGCUAUCUUAAUGAGCAACAGUAUAAGGACCAACACUAAAAAGAGAACUGGACAUGUCCCUGGAGUGGAGAUUGGUGACAUCUUCUUCUUCCGGAUGGAGAUGUGUUUGGUGGGAUUGCAUGCUCAGUCUAUGGCUGGCAUAGAUUAUUUGAUCGUAAGGGGUGAUAGAGAGGAAGAGCCACUAGCUACUAGCAUUGUUUCAUCUGGUUACUAUGAUAAUGCUGCAGAUGAUACAGAUAUCCUUAUCUACAGUGGGCAUGGUGGAAGCUCCAACAAGAAUAAGGAAGCAUCCGAUCAGAAGCUGGUGAGGGGUAAUCUUGCAUUGGAGAGGAGUCUGCAGAAGGGGAACGAAGUCCGGGUCAUUCGGGGCCUGAAAGAUGCUAAUAGUCCAACCACAAAGAUUUAUGUUUAUGAUGGACUUUAUACAAUCCAGGAAUCAUGGGUGGAGAAGGCGAAAACGGGUUGCAAUAUAUUCAAGUAUAAGAUUGUUAGGAUGUCUGGUCAACCUGGUGCAUUUUCUGUCUGGAAAUCUGUGGCCCAAUGGAAAGAGUCAGUCUCUUCCAGAGUGGGACUGAUUUUGCAUGACCUCACUUUGGCAGCUGAAACUAUACCUGUUGCGCUUGUGAAUGAUGUUGAUGGAGAGAGAGGGCCUACUUCCUUCACAUAUCUUGCUUCUGUGAGGUAUUCCAAGUCAUUUAAAAUAUCUCAUCAGCCUUCUUUUGGCUGCAACUGCCGUAACGCAUGCCAAUCAGGUGAUGAAAACUGUGCUUGCAUGACAAAAAAUGGGGGGCAAACCCCAUAUAUUGGUAAUGGUGUUCUCGUUUGUAGGAAGCCCUUAGUUUAUGAAUGUGGUCCUACAUGUCCUUGCACAGCUAACUGCAAAAACCGUGUGUCUCAGACUGGUCUGAAAGUUCACUUGGAAGUUUUCAAAACGAAGGAUAGGGGUUGGGGUCUAAGGUCAUGGGAUCCUAUUCGUGCCGGUACUUUUAUAUGUAUAUAUGCCGGUGAAGCGACAAAUAAGGCUAUUAGUGGAGAAGUAGGCGACAGUGGUGAUUAUGUCUUUGAUACAACCCGGGUUUAUGAUUCAUUCAGGUGGAAUUGUGAACCUGGGUUCAUAGAGGAGGAUCUUAUUGACACUAAUGAGGAGUAUGAUAUGCCAUACCCCCUCGUCAUAAGUGCAAAAAAUGUUGGAAAUGUGGCCCGGUUCAUGAAUCACAGUUGUGAGCCGAACACAUUCUGGCAACCCGUGGUGUAUGAGAACAAUAGUGAAACCUAUCUGAAUGUUGCUUUCUUUGCCAUGAGACAUAUUCCACCUAUGACUGAGUUGACUUAUGAUUAUGGGACUCCCCGUGCUGAUGUUCCUGGGGGUAGCAAUGGACAUGGAAGGAUGAGAUGCUUAUGUGGAUCGACGAGGUGCAAAGGUUAUUUUGUCUGAUGAUAUCCAUUUUGAUCCGAAAUGCACUGCGUUGUCAGUCCUUCCAGUAAUAAGGUUAGUUACAUCUU